AUGGAUAUAGCAGUUGAUAUCGCUUGCCUUUGUAGGAUACGCGUAUUGUUAGUACCAGUGUUUCCUAUUAAAAGAUCCACUUUUAAAAAAUAUGUUCAGCUAAUUCAAUCGUUGCACACGAUACGACUUGGAGAUGUUACUCCCAACUUGAACGAUACGUUCAACAGUCAAGUGUUCCCAGAAGGUCAGCUUCAUUUUGAAUUUCUUACACAUGUCGCCAAUGAUCAUGUUGAAUUACAAGACUUUCAACCUUACCGUCGUCUGUUCGGAGUCAUUGGUAUUAUGGAUUGUCAAGAGUGGAAAGAUCUAAGUGAAGGGUACGAUCAAUUCAUGAAAAUGGCGCAGACGAUAGCUGCGCCCGUAACGAGGUGUUUCGCAUUUGAUCCUAUAGAAAAUCAAGCAGAUAAUGCCAAGGGACUGAUUAUGAUACCCAAUGUGGGUAACAUGGUAUUCUAUAUGAGCACCAUGAUGAACGACUUUGCUAAUGAAGUACUUGCUGAAUUCUCAGUCAUCGCAAAUCGUGUCCAAACCCUUGAAAUCAUCGAAACGCCUGCGUUUAGUCAACCAUCUGCUCGCUCAAAGUAUUUGCAGCGUCGACAUUCUGUUUCGAUGACAGAAGAUUUACGGAAAAAGACGCCUGGACGGAUCAGAAAACUGCUUGCGGACUUUUACUUGCUUGCCGGUCAAUUACCUGAUGCAAUUCAUCAUUUUGAACAAGCCAUUGAUAUGGCAAAAGUGACAGAUGAUUACCUAUGGCUUGCCAGUGCCGCUGAAGGUCGCGUUUGUGCGACAAUACUACUCGAAUAUGUUCAAAUGGAUGCCGGUCAUAUAACAUCAAGGGCAUACUACGAAUCAGAGGAACAGAAUCGUGAUGAUGUGUCGACUAUUACCUUUGUUUCUGAACAGUAUCGAGUGGCUAUAACAAAUUAUGCUCAUAUACGACUCUCAGCGGGAUUACCAAGUCUAGUAUAUGCAGAAUGCUGUUUACGUAUAGCAAGGUUUCUUGCUACUUGCUAUCUCAAUCUUGGUUGGAACGAACAGACAUUGUCGCUACUCAUUCAACAAAAAUUAUGGAACACGGAUCCCACUGAGGUCUGGAAAAGAUGGCCGUCAGUUGUAGGAGGUGUUUCUAGGUACAGCAUUGGUCAGUGGAUUACAAAGGCUUGGGAAGCCAAUAUCAGUGAAAUGGCACAAUUAGACCAAAUUCAUAUCACCAUGUCGAUGGCAACCCUUCACAAAUGUAUUGGGUAUCAGCGAAAAGCAGCAUGGUUAAUGUAUGAUAGCGUUAGUCGUAUGAUACCUUUCAUUAUGCAGCAUCGAAGAACACGCUUGCUUAAAGGAGGCAUCAUGCAUGACACGGGCAUCAUGAAUGUGUUAAAGCAGAUCUGUGAGACAUAUGGCGUAGGUGAGGCAUUACAGGAAGGUGAAAAGCCGCCCUCUAGUAGCAGUGUACGAGGAAGAACAUCGGUAUUUAAAGACCAAUUAGUCUGCGGCUGGCCGCAGCUUCAGGUCAAUAUCUUGAAACAAUGCAUCAACAUGUCUGAGAUCUUGCUCGACAGUCAAUCUCAAAUGUACUAUACAGCCAUUUUACUGAAAAAUCUUUAUCAGCACAUUUCAAAACCUGAUCAGAUUCGACUUGCAACAAGUAUUCAGACUAUGGUUACGAGUACAACCAAAAAGAAGGCAUCGUCUGAUAUCAUGAUUAGUUACUGGGGCGUGAAUAUUGUCUCGAGCAUAGAACCCAAGAAGCCUAUUGCAAGAAGAGCCCUUCAUACUCAUAUCAUACAGCAUGAUGCUUUUAAUCAACAAGCAAGAGAGCGUGAGCGUGAUUUUGCGGAUCCAUUUAUAUACAAUCCAUUUACUCACAAAAAAACUAUAGAGCAUAAAGUGAACUUGAUAAAAAAUGAGCUGUGUGAAUUUAAAGUUGUGUUGGUUAAUCCCUUUGGGUUUGACUUGGAACUUAGAAGCAUCGUUCUAAGUACAUCAGGAGUUGCCUUUCAGGGUAUUCCUAGUGCCAUCAGCAUACCAGCAAAUACAUCAACCAGUAUGGUUUUGGCUGGCAUACCUGAAGAAACAGGUACACUGAUUGUUAGAGGCUGCAAGGUUCAAAUCGUAGGGUUUCUGGAGCAAGAAUUUUUGGUUGAAUUAGGGAACACUGCUUUUAGCAAUGCUGGCAUUAUAAAGAUCAAAAGAUGUGGUCUUGAUGCAGUCAAAUGUAUAAGAACAAGAGAGUUAUCUGGAGAAUCUGAGCAGCAUAUCUUCCAUACCUUCACAGUUGUUGAUGAACAGCCACUUUUAAAAAUUAAGAAUACGUCUUUGCUUCAUAACGCAAUGAUGCUCUAUGAAGGAGAAAUGACCCAUUUAACUAUAGAAGUUGAAAAUAUAGGCAACACACCAGUAAAUUACAUUAAACUAUCAUUUACAGAAUCAUCAACCAUUCAGCCUUUACCUUAUAACCAUGAAUUAUCACCUGAAGAACAAUACGAAAACGAACUUCAUACAAAAGGAACACAUGUCUUUUCAUGGGAGCAUAAUUCUGCUAAAGAAUCAUUUAAUCCAAAUGAAGAGGUACUACUACUUCCUGGUGAAGCUAAGACAGUUAUGAUAAAAAUAUAUGGUAAAAAAGAUUGUUGUGGAGGAAGUAUUCAAAUAGAUUAUGGAUACAUACAAAAGGAUACAGUUGAUACAAAUGUUAACUUUAUAUACACCCGUCACCUUUAUCUAAACAUAUUAUUAACAGUUUAUCAACAUUUGGAACCGUCCAACUGGGAUAUAUUAUCUCUCCGGCAUAUAGCUAAUUUAUAUGACGAUGACUCGGCCGGAGAGGAAAAUGGAAUAAAAAAGAUAGAGGAAUCGAUGAAAUUUGUGCAGCUGAUUACCAAUGCUGAAGUUAAAGACAAGGCUCGAAAUGACCAUUGUCUGGUAGCGAUUGAUGUUAAGAAUGUUUGGACGACGCCCUUCAGUGUGUCAUUUGUUAUCAGCGGCGAUGACGAUAACAAUAACGUGUCCAAUAUAUCGAUUCAACCUGGGCAUACUAAAAGAAUUUUACUUCCUUUCAAGCGACUGUUCUUAUCCGAAGAAGCCUGUUCUCGACCAAUACCAUCAGUGGACCCUAACAAACAAUUUAUAAAGAGCAAAAUAUCAGAAGAGGAACUAUAUACAUGUCAACAGAUAUUUUGGUAUAGGGAAGAGCUUUUGAGCCGACUUGGCCUGAACCAACUGGCUGUGCUCAAGAAAGAGAAUAUAGAGUUUAUCAUAAAUGUUAAAGGCGAUGCUACGCAAAGGAAAAGUCGAUGCUUAUUCGACUGUAAAUGCAACAAUCCUAUAGAGAUGAGUAUCACUAUUCAUAAUAGACUAAGGUAUCCCAUUAAACUUAUCUUGCGGAUUCAACCGGUACAGAGAUUUAGUGAUAGUACAAAAGGGUAUCAUUUAUCAGAUGAUAUACUGAUAGAAGGAACACAGCAGAUCCUUUUGCCAGAGAUACCUGCUCAUGGAGGACAAGUGACACAUAUAUUUCCAAUCUAUUUCUUAUCAAGCGGGAAAUUUGAAAUUCUUUACCAUGCAGAAGAUGUACGUACCAGAAAGAUCUAUUAUGACAGUGAAUGGGCCAUAUUUAAUGCAAUAGAGUCUCCUUAA